AUGGAAACACUAAUCAAUCAUCUUAUACAAGAUACUGAAGUACCUAAUGAACUUGCUAUUGAAAUGACCCAGAAUGAUGAAACAGGACCACAUAUUAUUGAAUUUUUAACAAAUAAAAAUUUUAAUGAGUUUCAUUCUCAGCAAAGAGUCGUUAUACCAUUACUAGGUCUUCUCAAACAGUGGAUUUGCCUCAAAUGGUCUGGAUUAGACUUCGCUACUAAACAAAAUUUCCUCGAUCAUUUCCAACCAUUGAUUUUUCAACCAGAUUUUCUAUUUUUAGAGCACUAUGCAGAUAUAUUCUGCCUUAUUGCUUCCAAAGAAGGUGAAUUUCGCAACAUUUACGAAGAAAAUGUUUACAAUGUUUUAAAUAUUCUCGAAAAAGCAUCGACAUUAACAAACAAUGUCAUUCUCCCUUACUUCAGAAUUGUGUAUACAAUAGUUUCCAAGUACAAAGUUGAGAUGGAAUACGAAGCUUUGGAAUUUAUUUUUUUGGAAACAAAAUUUUCAACACAACUUGGAAAUUUCUUCACAUCAUUAGACUACUUAGGAACACAAGUAGGUGAAAACAUCAUUAUUCUUGCUUUAAAGUCAUUAUUAUGUCUACAUCACAGAAAACCAAUUCCUGAAUUGAUGUCAAACGCAAUUUUACUCGUAACUGAGAUAAUUCAGAACUACAACAACGAAAAUAUCAAUGCUACACCAAAAUUUAUCGGUUAUUGCUUCAAAUUUUUCAAUAAUGCUCUACAAUUACCUUCUUUUUCAGAGGAAGAAGAACUUAGACAACAAUUUUUCGAAUACUCGAUCAAUGCUCUUGAAGUUACCCUUAAAAACUAUAGAGAAGCCGAUUAUUUGUUAACAAAAAUUUUAAUUUCAAUCGCAAGCUUGAAGCAGUACCUUUCUGAGGACACAAAUCAGUUCGAGCUAUUUUUAUCUGCUGCAGAACCGUCCGAAUCCGACAAAAAUGACGUUUUAAUUAAUCCAUCAGUAUUUAUUGACCGAGCAUUCACAUUGCAAUCGAACGAAAGCAAUGUACCAAUGAUUCUGGCCAUAUCCAUCAUCCAGUACAUCACUAAAAAGUCUUCUAACAUCGCAUCCGCCUUAUUAACCCUUCCCAUCAAUGAAACAUCGGCCAGAGUCAUAUCAAUUUGUGCUCCCUCUAUCGUCAAACACGGUUUUCUUGAGGAUUUGAUCGUCUGGGUUUCGAAUGCAGCAUCAUCCAUUGAAGAUGACGAUCUUUCGAUCGCUUCGACCUUGUUUUUGCUAUCACAGACUGUUAAUUAUGUUGAUGACGAUGCGAGGAAGUUGUUUUUGGACAUUUCUUUGAGUAAUUUAGAUCCAUCAAGGUUAGUUGUGAGUUCUGGAGCCUGCCAGCUACUUGAAAAAAUCGUAGCCAAGGGAAUAAUCCCUUCGCCGGAAGUAUUCCAGGUUUUACUGCAGCUUUCAAAAGAAUUGAAUACUCCCCAUGCAGAAAAGUGCCUUUUAGCAAUCGCUAAGGCCUGUCCAAGCGUUAUUAGUGAGAAUGCAGCAGUUAUUUACCAGGAUAUAAUCAAUAUUUUGAUGGAACAACUCAAAGAUGUCGAAGAAGACGAAGAUAGCUUCGUACAGAACCUAAAUAUGCUUGAAUCCAUCGUAUUAUGUGCUGGAAAUCAAGUUAUUGGUGAAGAAUUCAUUCAUUUCGUUGAAAGAUUUCUUUCAUUAGAAGACGGAGAGUAUUAUCCAGACUUAUCACGUAUACUUUGCCAUGUUGUCAAGCAAAAGUCUGUUUACACCCUCCAAUUGUUAACAAUUUUGUGCGAAUCCUUAUUAAAUAACCAAAGUGCACAAGGAUUCAUUUCCUACCUCUGCCGUCCAUUACUUUUGUUCAUCGGAGAGUAUCCUGAUGACUUUUUGAAGUCACAAUUAACUCAACAAAUUUUGGAAAUUUCAGAUUCCGUAAUUUCCGACGCUGUUGACUUCGAAUGUAUCGGAGAGCUUCUCAGCUGGAUGUUUAUGGUAGAUAAUGCAGUAGAUUACACCCAAAUUUACGAAUUAAUCAAAACUGUUUUAUCAUCAGAGGAAUUAGAAGAUGAAAGCGAAAAGAAGAUGGCAGAAUACGUAAUACUGUCAUUAUUCUUGGCUAGAGACGUAGAUUUGGAUAAUUCUGUUGAAUUAAUCAUAGAUUUUGCAAAUAAUGCACGAAAGAGGUCAGAUAAACAACUUGCAAUUCUUUCAUUGUUGAAGUAUGCAGCAGUACAUGGAGAAUUUGCCAACGAUUGCUUUGUUUCUGCUGCAAAUUGUUUUGAUGGAGUAAAUGAACACAAAAAGAAGGAAAAUGAAGAAGAAGAGAACGAAGAAGAAGAGUUUGAUGAUGAAAGUGAUGAUUUUAUGGAUGAAAACGAAUCAUUUGACUUUAAUUCUCCAUUUGAUAAGUUUUCUAUUGCAGAAUUCAGAAAUACAGCAGCAAAGAACUGUUCAGAAAAUGUUAUUAGUCUAAUGUCUGAGAAAUAUCCAGAUUUUAUGCAAUAA